CAAGGAACCUGAAGGAAGGACCAAUUGAUGACAGAGCUUUACAAGCCAUAUCUCAUGACGUUAAGGGAAAACGCAAAAGACUCGGCAGAGCACUUGGGUUAAGAGAUGAUCGAUUGGAUGAUAUCGAGGAGGAAAACCCAAAAGACGCACCCGAGCAGUCCUAUCAAAUACUAAGAGCAUGGAGGAACAAAAAUGGGAAGAAUGCCUCUUACUGUGCCCUUGCACAAGCCUUAUAUGACCGCACCGUCAAUUUGAGUAGAGUUGUAACGGACUUGUGUCUCAAGAAACACCACUGAAAAGGCAACAUAAGAGUGAACUAAUGGAGCCCUAACCUUUAGUCCUAAAAUAAAUAUUUUAAGAAAAUUUCGAGUUAAUUAAAUUUUACAUACUUCAUCUUAGGUAGUAACAUGCAAUCUUGUUGUUGCAAGAAUUUUGUUUACAGACUCUUUUCAUAAAAAGAAUCACAAAUUUGAUGGCGCAGUGUCGGGGAGGGGGUGUGAUCAUCUUUCUGGAUCUGUUACUGGGUCUCUCCAUACACUAGUGGCCACCAAAAUCCAAGUGUUCCUGUGAUAUUUUUAUUUUUGUUGUUGUUUUAAUGUUCACUUGUGACUUGUGCCAUAUUUUUACACACAUUUGAAGCUGGUACAUUCAAAAUACCUUUAAGUAUUGUUAAACAAUAAAAUUAACGCAUAUCCUAUUUAGAAGCAUUUUAAGAGCUUCAUUAUUUUGGUGUUGGGGAAAUGAGUGGAAAAAUAUAUUUUCAUAACUCACUUAAUGAAACUACAAUAAGCUAGAUGUCAUUAUCCCCUAUUUCCAUGGCGGUCUUACUUUACAAGUAGUGUAACUGCUAUGUUUUCCUACUGAGGGAAAGUAGCCCACUUAACCGUAAAAAAUAUAUGUAUUAAGCUGUUAUUGAAUUUUGUUUAAUUUCCAUACUCACCUAUCGUGAAUUCAACAGAGAUACAGAUGUUGAGUUUAGAACUUGUGGUAUAGAUAUACUAAUCAAUUACCUAUUUUACUUUUAUCAAUAACAAAUAAAAAAGAGUUUACCAACAUGGGUUAGAAAAUAUAUGAAUACUUUCCUUCUACUAAUUAAUUAGCUAAUCAUCUGUAGCGAAGGAAAACAUUGCGGUUUAAUGAAUAUGUUGAUUUGUAAACGGACGACCGUGGGAACGAAGUUGUUUACCAUAAUGAAACUGAAAUCGAAACGGGAAAGUCGGAGUUGGUUUUUGUUUUAAAUACAUAUACGUAGGAAGUAGGAACUUUGGCAAGGGUUGUUCACGUCAUCUUCGGCAAUGCAUCCUCGGUUUGGUUCGAUUAACCCAGACGAUUAUGAUGGUGGAAUGCCAUCUCUGAUGUCGCAUGUCCACAACUUGAGGUUAGAGAGUACUUUGGAUGAUGAUUCACGGUUACCAUGCUUACGGACUAAGGAUAGCGCAUCUGCAGCUCCCUUGGCUAAACUUGGACGCCCGCUCGAACGAGAGGGAGAAACCAAGCAAAUACAGGUCGCUGUAGAAACUUUCGUCGAAGACUUGCUUAAAUGCGUCGGAAAACUAGACAGCCGUUUUAUCUGUAAAACUAUCCCGAGUGGAAGCUUCUACGAGGGAACGAAAGUUGGGGGACCGAAUGAGUUUGACUUCAUGGCAGAAAUCGAAGUUCUGUCUUUUCGUGGAGCCUGCACUUCCAUUUGGGACAGUGCGUACCCAGGUCGCGCGUUAGUGCGACCAUGUCCUUUCUUAGCAUCCACGCUUUUUCGUGACCUGCUUUCCGAUUUGUCGCACCUGUCAUCGACAUCAUUUCACGAUGCGUUUUUCGAAACAUUGAACAAGGCUCUGAGAAUUACUGAUCCACUUCCUCAGUGCUGGGAAAGAAUUGUUAAAGGCUGCCGGAAAGGCCCUGCAGUUACUUUGGUUCUAACCUGGAGAGGGCAGAAAUACAGGAGGUUGCAAGUUUAUGUCGAUAUUACACCUGCUAUCAAGUUUUUCCAUUGGCCUCAAUGGACAGAUUUAUCAGCGACAACCAAUCCAUGUAACAAAACAAGCUCGACGGAGGAUUGGAAGGAAUCAUACCCCAAAUAUCUCAAGGAAGUUGUGAAACUUGGGUUUCACUUAGUCCCUACGUUUAUUUUCUGGCGGGCUUCGUUUUCAGUUGCUGAGAUGCACAUCUUGAAAAUGUUUGGCCCUGAGAGCAAUCGUCUCACCUGCUACAGAUGUGCAAAGUUCCUCCGAGACCAUUACCGCGACGGAGACCGCUCAGUGCUCACUUCUUACAUGUUAAAAACUGCGUUCCUCUUCGAAUUGGAAAAGUUUUCCGAUGACAAAUUCUGGAGCAAUGAACAACUGUUUGAACGCUUACGAGGCAUGCUAAAUUUUAUUCUGAUUGAAUCAAAACAAGAAGAGUUAGGCAGUUACUUUGUGUCAUCCGCUCCUAUUUGCAACAAUGAACGAGAGUAUCAGAUUUUACCAAAAACGGUAAAAGACAUCAUGGAGCAUCUGAAUAUGUUCAUGUUACUGGGUUUAGAGCCCUGGGAUCAUCCUCUCUAAAGGACUCGGGUGUUAGGUGACUGUAUCUUACACUUAUAAAACAAAAUAGAAACAACUUCGUCAAGAUAUAAAAUGUUUUGAUGGUCCUAAUGGAUACAACCCUAAAAUCAUUUACUAAACCGGCUGUAGGUCAAGGUGAAGAGGAAAUGAAUUUGGAUGACCGUCCGGGUGAAAGUUGCCCUAAAAAGGACUGUUGUAGGUAGUGGCUGGCUACUGACACCAUACCAACGACUUAUCAUCACAUUUACACCUCAAACGAACCGAACACAACGACCUACUUUUACCGAGGUGAUCGAAACUGACAAAUCACGACUGACUUACACCACUUUAUUCUUUAUAGCCAAUGACAGCACAUCUAAACUAACCACUCACUUCACACGAACCAGACUCAGAACAGUCAACUGACCACAACCUUGCACUUGACUCUAAUGAU